UUAAAAACUAUCGAUAACAACUGAAACAGCUGAUAUUGGCCAUCCAUAUUUUACGCGCCAAAAACGAACAAAUCUUCCACAAAUUGUAAAUUACUUAAGCGCGACGCACAAUGGAAUUUGGUCUGAAAAAACGCGCGAGACAUGAGGUCAAGGUGGAGGUGGCCAGCUUGGAAACUAAGUAUCCGCACAACGUCAUGCUGUACCACUAUCCACCGACGGAGGACGUGCACAUCGACGAAUUCGAGGAGCUGGCUUUGGAGCGCUUGCGACUUCUCCGCGUCUUGGAUCGCGCAAGCAACCGGAACCAGCGCCUGCUCUCAGAUGAAUGGAAGGAGAACGUGAGUGCGGAUCUGACCCGCGAGGGAUUGCGCAGCUAUCUAAGGCUCUGCUCCGCCGGCGGAAGCACCAAGCACGAGGCAGACAUCCAGACCCGCAGGCGGGACUAUCUCUCGCACUUCAUUCUACGGCUGGCCUACUGCCGCUCUGAGGACCUUGCACGCUGGUUCGUGGCCCGCGAAAUGGAGCUUUUUCGGUACAAAUUCGCCGCACUUAGCAGCGCCGAGGUGAAGCAGUUCCUUGAGGCCAACGGCUUCGAGAUUCAUCCCCUAAGCGAGGCCCAGAAGGACGAAGUCAAGGACGGCCUGUACGAGAGCACGGCGGGGCAGAGCGUGGCCAAGAUCGAGCUGUUGGACUUCUACAAGGUGCCCUUCACCCAGGUGCUGGAUCUGGUGCGAGGACGUCGCUGCUACUUAAAGGCUGGCUUCGCCUAUGUUAACACCCACGACCUGGUGUCCCUAGUGGGCACCAAGCAGCAGGAUGAGAUCGAGCAAGGCCUGCAGGCUGCUAAGACUAUGGUGGAUGAUGUAGAAGCUGACGAGCGCAUCUCUCGCACGCUGAAAGCUCUACAUAACUCUUAUACCGGCAGGGAUUACACCGUAUGUCGGGAUGCAGCGAUUCCCAUCGAGUCCCUCGAUCAGCUCUCCAAGACCUCCAUGCCUUUGUGUAUGCGUAUGUGCCACGAGCACAUUCGCGCUCAGCAUCAUAUAAAACACAACGGCCGAAUGCAAUACGGCCUGUUUAUCAAAGGAAUUGGUGUUACGCUGGAGGAUUCGCUGCGCUUCUGGCGCGAAGAGUUUACCAAAAAAAUGGACGCGGAUAAGUUCGCACGCAGCUACGAGUACAACAUUUACCAUAACUACGGAAAAAAGGGUUCAAUGGUCAACUACACGCCCUAUUCGUGCGCCAAGAUCAUCAAGGAUGCGACGGGGCCGGGCGAUUGCCAUGGUUGUCCGUAUAAGUACAUGGAUCAGGGCUCGUUGAAAACCAAGCUGUCCUCCUAUGGCCUGUCAGCCAGCGCCGUCGAUGAGGUGAUGUCCUUUGUGUCCCGCGGUCACUAUCAAAUUGCAUGCGGAAAGUACUUCCAAAUUACCCACAAUUCAACCGUCGAGCCAACCAUCAUUCACCCCAACAACUACUUCGAGGAGAGCCAGAUAACAAUGGGCAACCGACAGAAGCGCACCAAUGGUCCUGCUUUGCCCAAGGCCAGAAUCAAGGAUAUCAAGGGCCAUGGGGAUCGGUCCAUGCUGAUGGGCGAGGAUGACGAUGAGUUGUGGCGAAUUGCGGAAACCCAAGAGCGCAUCAUGCAGAGCCAAAAGGACAUAUCAGAGGCCUUUAAUGACGAUCUAGAUCUUACGCAAAUCGAUUACUAAUCGUUGUGCAACAUAUAGUAACUAAGGUACAUACUUAAGCAUCGUAAAUAAGAAGAAUUAGAGCUAAUCUAUGAUUCGACUUUCACUCCUGGCAUAGA